UACAUUGGGUUUCAGUUUGAAGCGGAGAAGGUGUGAUGGUGGCAAAUAUAACUUUUUGGAAAGGCUUCUUGGAGUUGCACGUUUACUAUCAAAGGAUUUUUUAGUGCAGCCUUGCAUGGUCCUUGCAGAUAGUUGUCAUCUGUUUUUUCCAUAACAACCAACAGAGAUAUAUCUAAACUGCUUGCUCAAUCAUUCUUCAUGGGAUUUUCACUGACCAUUUUGUCACUGCUUGCACGCCUUCGAGUCUUGAUUCAACAAAUACUCCUUGAUGUUGUUUGUGUAUACGACUCCGUUUCUUCACUAUCUCGAAAGGAGCAGGCUAUUAAAAUUACUGAAGAAGGUUUCGAGGUAUUUAGGGAAUAUUAUCCUAUAAAGGAGCAAUUUAUCUCCUUAGAAUGCAUUUGGCAGACAGAUAAGUAUAUAUUAGUUGAAAAAAUGAAUGAAAGUGAAUCCAAAACCCAAGGAAAGGAUGGCAGGGAAGAUGUUUCCCAAAGGGCAUCUCCAGUGCAGUAUCAGAGCAUUGAGGUUUUGCUUGGAGAUUACGAAACCGGCAAGGCAUAUCCUGAAGCUGCUGUAGAAGGUCCUGAUGGCAUGACGAAGGACAAUGGUUCAUUAGCUGAUCCUGUUUCAGAAAGUAAUGAAGAGAAGCAUCUAAGAGAUGGUUCUUCUGGUGCAGGACCAACUGCAAACAGUAAUAUGGCUCUAGAAGGUGGCCUGCUCACAACUUCAAGCUCAUCUACACAUUCGAAUCCUUUAAAACGCAAGGCUGGGAAGGAAAAAGUUGCCUUCAUGUCCGUGCAAGCUCCUUCACCAUCAACAUCAAACAAACUUGAUUCUGGUUUCAAACUGACGGACAAAGUUGAUGAACAGAAAGAAGAUCCUUUCUUCAGUCUGCUUACUGGUGGAAAUAAGAACACGAGUGUAUUUUAGGAGUAAUGUUGUCCUGUUACUGUAUCUCUAUGGCCAAUUUUGUAGUCUACAUGGUUCGUAGCAUAAAGCUGGUAUCAUGUUAUGGAAGAAACUUUUGAACGAAAUCUUAUUCAGUGUCUUAUCAAUUUUAUUUGUUGCCGACUAAGUGCCCGUCCUGGAUAGUUUUUGGAUACAUGGGAAUCUAUUUUGUUGCAACAAAUUCUGGAUC